AUUCCACGAGUUUCACCCAAGGCUUUAUUUGGCGUGUAUAGUAUGUGUUUUUUUUUAUUAGAAUAAAUGAAGUAUAGUUAUCAACAAAGAACUAAUUAAUCUGUUCAGGCAAUAUGCUAGGGGAUAAGAACUAUAAAAUUUAUUUAGCAAAAUACGAUUGUAUCUUUUCAAAGAUAGUCCAAUUCGUAUUGGAACUCUGUAAAGUAAAACAAAGUAAAAUUAUCUGGAAAGAUGAGAUUGAAACCUGUGAUUUUCCUUAUCUGGAAGAUUCAAGAAGAAGUCUAACUGUGUCCGGAUUAUGCAGUGUAUUGAGGUAUAUUAUAAAAUGUAGCGAUGAUGAAGAAAAAAAAAAAUUACUGAGCCAUAAAGGAAAUUGCUUGAAGGCUCCAUCUGAAGUUAGUGCAUGGACAAGGUAUUGCGAAAUUGAACUGCCAACAGUCGUAAGCGGAGUGGAUGACAAACAAAUAAUUCGUUUUGAAAAUCAUCUCUCUACACCAGUUUCUUUAUCGAAUGGAAGGUUUGAAGGAUUGUCAGCAGAUCCAGAAUUGGAAAAUUGUUUGGAGUGUAGAAAGAAUUUUGCUGGCGAUCACUUAUUCACUGAUGGACCGAAAAUGACAUUGGCUGACUUAAUCUUAUUUAUCAACUUUUCGUUAAUUAACAAGGAACGGUUAGAAACCUUUCGCUUGAUACGGAACUGGUAUAGAAGAGUUUUGCAAGUUCCAUGUAUUAUUCAGACUUCCUUUUCAUUAGGCUUAACUACGCAUGACUUUUCGUGUGCUUGUUCUUGUGAAAAAACUAAAUUUUUCGAAACAAACUCUAUUUCUAUUCGAGAGAACGUAAAACCUCCACAAAGCUUUUCAAUAAGCCAAUUAUCUUCUUCAGAGUCCAGAGCUGAAAAACAUUUUAAUACUAUUAAAACUGUUAAUAAGGAAUAUGACCCUCUUGAUUGGGACACAAUACCUUUGCCUUUACACCCGUCAGUUCCAGAUAAAAGAAAACUUCGAAAAAAACAACAAUUAGAUUACAUUAUUGGCUGCGUUAAUUCUUUUGUUGAACCAGGUCAAGUUAUUGUUGACAUGUGUGCAGGGAGUGGACAUUUGGGAUUGGUACUAGCUAAUCUUCGACCGGAUUGUACAAUUAUAGUGGUAGAAAGUAAAGAAGAAAGUAUUGAACGUUGCUAUAAUAUUCGAGAGAAAUUAGGUUUAAAUAAUCUAAAAAUCUACUUCUCUCAGCUAUCACAUAUCAGAAUGAAAUUUGAUUUUGGCGUUGCUCUGCAUGCUUGUGGUUCUGCCUCAGAUUCUGUUAUAGAAAAAUGUCUUGAAAUGGCUGCUUCAUUAGUAUUGGUGCCUUGCUGUUACGGUUCAAUUCGUAGGACACAUAAUGUAACUUAUCCUAGAUCCAAGCUAUUUAACGAACUGGAAUACGAGAAUUAUCUAGCAAUAUGCAGAAUAGCUGACCAGCAUAGUUCCAAUAAAGAGAGAUCUAAACGUUCAUCAGAUCUAAUCGAUACUGACCGUCUAAAGUACGUAGAAGAGUGCGGGUAUUCAACAUGUUUCUUAUCACAAUUGCCAGAGGAUUCUAGCCCUAAAAAUAAUUUACUGAUAUGUCUAAAGUAAAUACAUUUAUAUAAUUAAAUGAAUGCCU